AUGGGGCGGCUGCAGCUCUUCGAGAUCCGCCUGAGCCACGGGCGCGUCGUCUACGGCCCCGGGGAGCCGCUGGCGGGGGCCGUGCGCGUGCGCCUGGGGGCGCCGCUGCCCUUCCGAGCCAUCCGUGUGAGCUGCAUGGGGGCCUGCAGGGUCUCCGGCAAGGCCAAUGACACCACGUGGGCGGCAGAGGAGACCUACGCCAACAGCUCUCUAUCGCUGGCUGACAAGGGGAGCCUGCCUGCUGGAGAGCACAGCUUCCCCUUCCAGUUCCUGCUUCCUGCCACAGUGCCCACGUCCUUCGAGGGCCCGUUUGGGAGGAUAGUGUACCAGCUGCGGGCCACCAUCGACACCCCACGUUUCUGCAAGGACCGCCAGUGCAGCCUCGCAUUCUACGUCCUGAACCCGCUGAACCUGAACACCAUCCCGGACAUUGAGCAACCCAACGUGGCCUCCACCACCAAGAAAUUCUCCUACAAGCUGCUGAAGACAGGCAGCGUGGGCCUCACUGCCAGCACCGACCUCCGCGGCUACGUGGUGGGGCAGGUGCUCCGGCUGCAGGUGGACAUCGAGAACCAGUCGGGCAAGGACACCAGCCCUGUGGUGGCCAGUCUGCUGCAGAAAGUGUCCUACAAGGCCAAGCGCUGGAUCUACGACGUGCGGGCGGUGGCGGAGGUGGAAGGUGCGGGUACGAAGGCCUGGAGGCAGGCGCGGUGGCAGGAGCAGGUGCUGGUGCCCGCCCUGCAGUCGGCCCUGCCCGGCUGCAGCCUCAUCCAUGUGGACUACUUCCUGCAGGUCUCCCUGAAGGUGCCUGAAGUCUCCGUGACCCUCCCGGUCUUCAUUGGCAAUAUUGCUGUGAACCACGUCCCCCUGAGCCCCCAGCCGGGCCUGGGGUUUCCUCUCCAGGGCCCGUCCCAGCUGGUGCCCUCAGCACCACCCCAGGAGGAGGCCGAGGCCGUGGCUGCGGGUCCCCACUUCACAGGCCCCGUCCCCCUGUCCACCAAGAUCCACCCACAGCAGCAGCCACCGCCCGCUGCCUGCCACUCGGUGCCUGGUGCCCCUGAGCCCCGUUCUCAGGAUGGCAGCCCCACCCCCCAUCCCCUGCCCCCUCCCUUGUGCAUUUCCACAGGUGCCACUGUCCCCUACUUUGCCGAGGGCUCUGGGGGGCCCGUGCCCACCAGCACUGUGAUCUUCCCACCCGAGUACUGCUCAUGGAGCUGCCCCUAUGAGGCUCCUCCGUCCUAUGAGCAGAGCUGCAGCGGUGCUGACCCUGGCCUGACCCCUGGGAGCUGAUCCUGCGCUGCCUCUCUAGGCGGGCUGACCCUGCCCUGGGCCUGGACGCCCGGGGCCUGUGCCUUUGCUCCAGCCUGGCCUGGCCCACUCAGGACCUGCCGCAGCAGGGAGCCCCUCGCCAGCCCCAGAGAGCCGUGGCCUCCAGGCCCUGCGCCCAGCCAGGGGUGGGGACGCGUCUGUGAAUAAAGUGCUUCGUGGUAGAGCCAGGCCCA